AGGAUUUGAUUUCCACCACAGGAAGAAGCACCCCACCCCACCCUCUCUUCCCAAAAGUCUUCGCAGUUUUCACCACUCUUUGUAGUUCCCGUUUUACCCCGGGCAUCGGAGGCGGGCGCGCUCGUAGCUAAUGGAGACGGCGGCGGCAUCGGAGCGAGUCGAAUUGGCGAAGCACUGCAGCUCGCGGAACUGGUCUAAAGCGAUUAGAGUUCUCGAUUCGCUCCUUGCUAAGCAGUGCUCGAUUCUCGAUAUAUGCAAUCGAGCUUUUUGUUAUAAUCAAUUGGAGCUUCACAAGCAUGUGAUUAAGGACUGUGACAAGGCACUUCAGCUCGACUCUUGUGCCAUUCAAGCUUAUCUACUCAAAGGACGAGCUCUUUUGGCUUUGGGGAGAAAACAGGAAGCUCUUCUUGUUUUGGAGCAAGGUUACAAUAUUGCUUUGCAGCAGACUUCAGAUGUGAAGCAGCUACUUGAAUUAGAUGAGCUACUUAAUGCUGCAAGGCCAGAGAUUGAUGUCACUCUGAACCAUCUUGCAGCUGAGACCCCUGUCUCCUCGUGUGCUACUCAGAAAAUUGAUAACUGCCAAGUAUCCACUAGUAUGGCAGUUUCUGAAUCAGGAGCAUGCAGCAACGGAAACACCCAUGAGUUGGGUGAGAAAUCAAUGGAUGCAUCCAAGCUAUCUGGUGGUGCCUCCGAGUUACGUAAUGGAUUAGCGUAUAAGGAAAAAGAGAGUGUAAAGUCUGGUAGCCAAAUCAAUGGUAAACCAUCUAGUAAUGGUUCUGAUUUAUCUGAAACUUCUGAUCGGUUAGGGGAUUUGUCGGUUAUUGGAAAUAAGUUUAGUAGCAAGUCCGGAUCUGUUAGCAAACAGAGCCUUACAGCUGAGGCACGUUCUGGAGGUAGCAAUGAAACCAAGAUAAAUAAUAACAAGUGCACCAUUGCGAGAAUAUCUGAAACCCAUUCUAUAAGUGUGGAUUUUCGACUUUCCAGAGGCAUUGCACAGGUGAACGAAGGAAACUACAUGAAAGCUAUAUCUAUUUUUGAUAAGGUUCUGAAAGAAGAACCUACUUACCCUGAGGCACUUAUAGGAAGAGGGACAGCUUAUGCAUUCCAACGAGACCUUGAAAAUGCUAUUGAUGAUUUUACUAAGGCUAUUCAAUCGAACCCGGCGGCAGGUGAGGCUUGGAAGCGGAGAGGACAGGCGCGUGCUGCUCUUGGGGAAUUUGCUGAGGCGGUUGAAGAUUUGACUCGAGCACUGGAAUUGGAGCCAAAGUCACCUGAUAUUUUGCAUGAAAGGGGUAUUAUUAAUUUUAGAUCUAAGGACUUUACUGCUGCUGUAAAGGACUUAUCUAUAUGUCUGAAGCAAGAGAAAGAUAACAAGUCCGCAUAUACUUAUUUGGGACUAGCUUUUGCAUCUCUUGGUGAAUAUACAAAAGCUGAAGAGGCGCAUUUGAAGUCUAUCCAGCUAGAUAGUAAUUAUCUUGAAGCAUGGCUACAUCUCGCCCAGUUCUAUCAAGAGUUGGCUGACCACAACAAGGCUUUGGAAUGCAUUGAUCAAGUUCUACAAGUCGACAACAGGGUCUGGAAGGCUUAUCAUUUGCGUGGAUUAGUGUUCCAUGGAUUAGGUGAACACAGGAAGGCUAUCCAAGAAUUAUCUAUUGGUUUGACCAUUGAGAGUUCAAUAGAAUGCUUGUACCUACGAGGUUCCUGCCAUCAUGCUGUAGGGGAGUAUAGAGAAGCGGUGAAGGACUACGAUGCUACAGUGGAUGUGGAACUUGAUGCUGUGGAGAAAUUUGUUCUUCAAUGCUUGGCAUUUUAUCAGAAAGAGCUCGCCUUGUAUACGGCUUCCAAAGUUAGUAGUGAGUUUUUCUGCUUUGAUAUUGAUGGUGACAUAGAUCCAAUGUUCAAGGAGUACUGGUGCAAAAGAUUACACCCAAAAGAUGUAUGUGAAAAGGUUUACAGACAACCUCCCCUACGAGAAUCCCUUAAGAAGGGUAAACUGAAAAAGCAAGAUCUUGCAAUAACCAAACCUAAGGCGAAUCUUCUUCGUUUUACUGAUAUGAUUGGAAAGAAAAUCCAAUACUUUUGUCCUGGAUUCUUACCGAACAGACGCCAGCACCGUAUGGCGGGAUUAGCUGUGUUAGAAAUUGCUCAAAAGGUUUCAAAAGCUUGGCGCAUAGAGUGGAGGAAUUCAAACAAAGGCACGGCAAAAAAUGGGAAGAAAAACCGUAGGAGAGAGAGAAUCAACAUGCUUAGCCAGAAUAGAGGUGGUGCCGGAUGUAGUACGAGCACUUCCAGUGAAACUUCAACUGGAUAUGCCUCACUAGAAGAUCGAUCAUCUGGCCGCUCUAUCUUGUCUUGGCAAGACGUUUAUUCGUCUGCUGUCAGAUGGAGACAAAUUUCAGAGCCUUGUGACCCAGUUGUGUGGGUUAACAAACUAAGCGAAGAGUUUAAUUCUGGUUUUGGUUCUCAUACGCCAAUGGUACUCGGACAAGCUAAAGUAAUACGCUAUUUUCCAAAUUAUGAAAGAACCCUGAAUCUUGCAAAGACCAUCAUCAAGGAGAAGCUCUGUGUACGCAGCAAGGCAGAUAAAGUGAUUGAUCUAUCUAAAGAUGAGAAGAUAGAAGAAAUAAUGCGUGCAGAAACGUGUGAAGAGCUACACAAAAUUGUUGGUGAGGAUUUCUGGGUGGCUACUUGGUGCCACAGUACCGCAUUCGAAGGGAAACGCCUUGAAGGAACUAGAAUCACCUGCAUUAAGAAACCGGGAAGUCUUGGGUAUGAUUUUGCAAUUAGAACUCCAUGCACACCUGCGAGGUGGAGUGAUUUUGAUGAAGAAAUGACCUCAGCUUGGGAGGCUUUAUGCAAUGCCUACUGUGGAGAGAAUUACGGUUCUACCAACCUCCAGGCUCUAGAAACCGUGAGAGACGCUAUCUUGCGCAUGACAUACUACUGGUACAAUUUUAUGCCGUUAGCUCGAGGGACAGCGGUAACGGGAUUCGUAGUGUUACUAGGACUUCUGCUAGCUGCUAAUAUGGAGUUCACUGAGAGUAUCCCUAAAGGGUUACAGAUCGAUUGGGAAGCUAUACUUAGUGUUGAACCUGGUUCCUUUGUUGGUUCGGUUAAGUCUUGGUUAUACCCGUCUUUGAAAAUCAACACCUCGUGGAAAGAUCACCAGGAAGUUUCCUCGGCUUUUUCAACAACCGGAUCGGUUGUCGCGGCGCUUAGCACUUACAAUGAUUGAGUUUCACAAUCUUGUCUCUUCAUGUCGUAAGAGGUGAAGAAAGCUAACCAACCAGAAUGAGCAGCGAGAAAACUUGUGUUUCAGUCAUAAAUCUUCGGGUUUAUGAUAUGUUUGUGUCGUAGAAAACAAACAAACAAAAUUGAUAGGUGUUUUUUCUUUAUUUUACAUAACUCAUAUAACUUUAUUUUACAGUUUGAAUAAUGUAUCUCUAUAUUAUAUGAACUCUCUUUGCAAAUCACAAGUCCACAUGAGUGUGUUGCUUAUGAUUAGCGAGGCCUUGUACUAUUACUAGUCUAAAAUAAUGGCAUUCACCAUUAAUACCGUGAU